CAUCAUCGUGUAUUAUGCGUCUCAGAUCGAAAUCUCGGAAUAGGGUGGAGAGAGGUAGACGAAGGGCUUCAGAAAUUCAUUUGAAGGUCAAAUCCCAGUUUUUCGUUGCAGAAUUCUAUUGAACUGACGACUACGAGAUCAAUCGGCGAACCUCAUGGGUUUUUUGGUGACGACACUAAUUUUCGUGGUGGUUGGGAUCAUUGGGUCCCUUUGUACCAGAAUCUGCUGCAACAGAGGACCAUCUACUAAUUUGUUGCACCUUACAUUGGUUAUAACGGCAACCGUGUGCUGUUGGAUGAUGUGGGCGAUUGUGUACGUUGCUCAAAUGAAACCACUUAUAGUUCCUAUUCUGAGUGAAGGAGAGUAAUUCUCUGCACAAAUUCUGCAUAUUUUUAUCGGUGUACUGCAAAUAUGAAAUUGUGGAUCGGCCACAUGAGAAUAUUGAUCUUUAGGGCUUGUGGAUCCAUCAGCAUCUUCUCUGUUGGGUGUGUAUGUAAUUUUGAGCAGUUUGAACUCUCAACUUUCAAUUUGUUUGUCGGUAGCGGCCUAGCGGGGCAUUCUCUUAUAGACCAAGCAUAAAUAUGUAACUUGGAUGAAAUAAUUGUUGGAAAAUGAGUAUUAUUUCCUUUUCAUUCCAUGUACUGAUGUACCAUACCAGAAUACUGCAUUCUAUGAUUUCUGCCUUAUUGGAAUAAAUAUUCAAUCGCAGGUUCACACA